ACGCUGCUGGUAGUGGAUGUGCUGCACACCGCCUUCUUCCACCCAGCGACGAGCCAGCAGCAGCGCCUUGAACCAGAAAGAACUUGUGUACGCUUCUAAAGCAGUCAAAAUGACCCGCGGCAUGAUGGGGGUGCUGCCCCGCUGUCGUUAGCUUGCUCAAGGCGGACCCAUUCCCUCCAUUCCUUCUUCCACUCAAGCGGCAGCGCGCUGCAGGCUGCCCCGACAGAGGGAGGCGUCGCUGGGCUUGACUUGGCUAGGCUAACCGUGGAGCUAACUUUAGCUAGCUGUUAGCGAUAACGGGUUCGUAGCAACGAGACUUGAGUUAACAUCUCCUCGAGCGGUAGUUUUAUGCGAGCGGGCGACACCGCAGUUGUAAGCGACGGUGGUCGGCUUUGGAUGUACGCUGUCUCCCGAAGAGGAAAAAAAGCAGAAUUAAGUUUGUAUUUUAAACCCGAUUUUGGUUAUUAUUAUUGUUUUUAGCAUUAAUAAUAAGACGAGAGAAGACAAGUAGAACAUCUCCUGGAGACCACCUUGUCCGAGAAGCAGGGCCACAAGUGGCGGGCUGGAGCUCGGCUAGCACGGGGGACAACUUGACAGCGAGGCCCCGGUUGAAGCUACUCUUCCCCUCCCCCUUCCUCCGCCACCACCUCCUCCUCCCCGGCCCGGUCCACUACUCCCCGUCCUGCACGACGUGCAAGACCACCCCGCACCCCUCCUCCGCCUUCUCCUCGCCCGCCCGUCCGAGAUUCACAGAAUCGGCCGGGGGAGAAAGCUGAAAAACCGCCGGGCAAGGCGAGUGUUUUUCUGGAUCCAAAGCGGGACUGCCCAAAAAAAGGCAAGACGGGAGGAUGACUCUGGAGUCCAUGAUGGCUUGCUGCCUGAGCGAGGAGGCGAAGGAGUCGAAGCGGAUCAAUGCCGAAAUUGACAAACAACUUCGCCGAGACAAGAGAGAUUCCAGGAGGGAGCUGAAAUUACUUCUCCUCGGUACGGGCGAAAGCGGCAAGAGCACCUUCAUCAAGCAGAUGAGGAUCAUCCACGGCGCGGGCUACUCCGACGAGGACAAGAGGGGCUUCAUCAGACUCGUUUACCAAAACAUCUUCACCUCCAUGCAGGCCAUGAUUCGGGCCACGGAAAACCUAAAGAUCCCCUACAAAUACGAACAGAAUCGGUCUAACGCCAUGCUGGUGAAAGAAGUGGACAUUGAGAAAAUCAACGGCUUUGACCAGCCUUACAUCACGGCUAUCAAAAGCCUGUGGGCCGACCCGGGGAUCCAAGAGGCCUACGACCGCCGCCGGGAGUACCAGCUCUCUGAUUCGACUAAAUAUUAUCUUAGCGAUUUAGACCGUGUGACUGCGGACGGCUACGUCCCCACCCAGCAGGAUGUGCUCAGGGUCCGUGUUCCCACCACGGGCAUUAUUGAGUACCCAUUUGAUCUGGAGAAUGUCAUCUUCAGGAUGGUGGAUGUCGGGGGUCAGAGGUCAGAGAGGAGGAAGUGGAUUCACUGCUUUGAGAACGUCACUUCCAUCAUGUUCCUGGUGGCCUUGAGCGAGUAUGACCAGGUCCUGGUGGAGUCCGACAACGAGAACCGCAUGGAGGAGAGUAAAGCUCUGUUCAGGACGAUCAUUACCUACCCGUGGUUUCAGAACUCCUCCGUCAUCCUCUUCCUCAACAAGAAGGACCUGCUAGAGGAGAAAAUCUCAUACUCGCACUUGGUGGACUAUUUCCCAGAGUUUGAUGGUCCCCAGAGGGAUCCGCAGGCGGCGCGGGAGUUCAUCCUGAAGAUGUUUGUGGACUUAAACCCCGACAGCGACAAGAUCAUCUACUCUCACUUCACGUGCGCCACGGACACGGAGAACAUCCGCUUUGUGUUUGCAGCCGUCAAAGACACCAUCCUACAGCUCAACCUCAAAGAGUACAACCUGGUGUGAGCAGCGAGGUGGGGCCCGGGGGGGCGGAUGGCAGCGCUCACGUUGCACAAAAGGCACACCUUUUUUUUUUUUUUUUUUUAAGAGUGCGCUCGACUUUUCAUCACCAUGCUCGCGCAAGUACAACCCCACCCCUCUUCUCACUAUACACACACACACCCUCUUCUCCCCACCCCCACCCCCACUCCUGAUCCAAAUCUCUUGUGCCCUCCUUCCCCCUCCUACCUCGACAGGCCUGGCAACUCUCACACGGUGACUGUAAGGGACGUCGGUGCUUAUUUGUGUGUGUGUGUGUUUGUGAACACCUCCAGGAACCAUGCCGUCGUGGAACCCCACCACCGGGGGAACGAGGAUUUGGGUCUCCACCUCACGUCUCUGAAUGUACCCACCAGUGUGAUUGCAAAAAAAACAACAACAACUAAAAAGAACUCUGUAAUGUAAAUGUAUAAAAAUGCAUAAAAGCUGAUAGAUGCAUAAAAAGCACGAGGGGCUUGGGGGGGGCAGGAAAAUAUGUUUAUAUCGCUGUUUUUAAACGGUAAGCUACUAUUCAGCAAAUCAUAGCUAAAAGGCGGAAAUAUUUUUUAAAAUCGUGAAAACAAGUAUCCUUUUGGAGUGUUUUUUUUUUUUGGUUUUUGGGGGGAGCUAUAUUUAAUCGCACCGCACCCCCGCCACCCCCCCCCCCCCCCCCCCCCCCCCAGAUCUUUUGUGGAUGCAUUUACAGCAGGGGUGUCCAAAGUUUUGUAUUGGCAAAAAAUACAAUGAUUUUGUGGACAUAAAAUAACAAUAUUUGGACACCCCUGACGAUUAACAGGGACAAUCAUGUGACCCGCCGCUUUUAUUAUUUUGGAAAGUAAAAAUGUUCUUUCUAUAAUGCCGUCCAAUCAGACACUUCCUGCCGCAUUACAUCAGGAUGUGCUUCUGUUUUUUUUUUUGUUUUACUGUAUAGUCCCUUUGUGUUUAACAAAAACAAAAAACGAUUGCUUGCUAUUUGAGUGAUGGGACGGGCUACAAACCUUUCACUGACUCACUCUCCGACGUCUGUGUAUAUUUGUUUGUAAAUACAUAUACACAUCACUGAUGUACAAAAAAAUGCUCUGUGGUACACCAUCUUUGGCAAAAAAAAAGAAAAAAAUAGAAAAAAGUAUCUCAGUUGGGUUAGCAUACAGUUCUGUUUUUCCCUAUGGUAGUAUUGAUACUGUGAUCAUGGAUUUUAUUGACUUGAUUAAAUGGGACGUCGCAGAGCUGGCUAAAUAUAAUAUAAAAUAACGAGCAGCAAUCUUUACGGUAUGGUGACAAUUUUAAGAGUAAUUGACUUUUUUUUUAAUUUAUCUAAUUUAUGGACCAGGUUUGAAGGUGUUGAUAAUUUUGACUGCUUUUCUGUCAUGUGUUAAUAAUAAUAAUGAUAAUAAUAACACGCUCCCUUUUUUCUCACAACGGAGCCUACUUGAGUCUGAACUGCUGUUAAAAAAAAAGGAAAAAAAAGAAAAAUUAAUGAAUGUCUGGUAUUGUAAAGAUUUUAGUAUUUCUUGCUUUCUAUUUUGGGACGAUUCCAUUUGUACUUGGCCGUCAUGGCGUCUCCAUCCACUGUCAUUCAUUUUCUUUAGGAGCCCUCACCUUUUAUUUACAAAAGUGUUUUUCCUAUAGGUUUUCUAUACUAUAUAUAUACGUACAUAUACACAUAUAGAGAGAGAAGGAGCAAGAGAGACAGCGCUGUAAUGCUUACCUAGACAAUGUACAAACAUAAGUGGAUCUUUUUCUAAUGUUGGUUGAAGCUGGCAACCCAUGCGUGCUAUUUUGUUUGGUUUUCCAUUUGGGCUUUCUUGAGGCUUGCUUUGAUAGUGCCAGAAGUGCAGAUAUACCUUUUCAGUCUUCUUCAGGUGACUUUAAUCCCUCAUCCUCAUUAAGGGCUAUCACAGUGGGGAGCACAGGACUACACGCAUCAUUCAUCCUUUUGUGCAGACAUGGAGAUGACUUUUAUAUGUGUGCGUAUGUGACAUACAGUACAAGAGGUGGAAUGUUCAUGCAAACCCCAAAUGGUGUAUUUUGUGACAGUUUUGGGCGGGCGAUUUUUUAUACUUAUGUGAAACAUGAACAUAUUGCUUUCCCCUUUCUGUGCAUUCUAACGAGAGGAAACUAGUUAGUAUGAGCCGGCUAACAAUGCACGUCAUUGGGAGGUAGUACCUCGCUGAUGAUACAUGCUGUGAUGAAGUGCUGACUGUAUCCUUCCGUAUUUUGUGGAUUUCAAACAAGUCUGUCCUAGGCACAACUACUCAUGUGACUUCCGUCAAAAACAGCGACAACACUUAUGAUGUCCGCUCUCCUUUGGAUGUCUGUGUCUUCCAGCACAAGACGUGUGCUCCAGUCCUCUGGUAAUAAAUGCGAGCAUUCAAAGCGAAAUCAAGAGCUAGGUAUCCACUCUUCCGUCUGUGAUUGGCGCUGAGGCGAGCGGCUCGUGAGACGUCGUGUUACUCCAGUCAAAUUAGUUAUGUCAAUGGAACACUGUUGCUCUUUUUUGGAGUUUUGUUUUUGUUAGGGAUUUAGUGCCAAAAUGAGUUUGUCCUUUGAUGUGCAUUGUUAGCUAGCUCAAACUAACUUGUUUUCUCCUGCUAGAAUGCAUAAAAAAGGGAAAUAAAUGUGUUCAUGUUUUACUCGUUACUCGUCAAAUAAAAAAAACACUACAGCCACAAUAAGUACAGUAUUGCAUGUUUUCCCAAAGUUGCCAAGAAGCUGACAAAAAACCUAAAGAUUCCUAUUUUUUUUGUCACCACUGUAUGAUGUUAAACACAAUGUUUGAUAUUUCUUCAAAUUGUAUUAUUGUACGUGUACACUAAUGAACUCUUCUCGUGCAGUGUUUCCCAUACAGUGGCCUGCCACUGAUACAUUUGACGCUACCUGUUUGACCUUUGCACCCCGCCAGCCAGAGAAUAACACAUUGCAAGAAGGCUUUGGUUUGAGUGAGGGUGUCCAAUUUGCGGCCCAGGGGCCUUUUUUUCGUGGCCCUCAACACAUGCUGAAAGUACAAUUCAACAAGAAAACAGCACCAAACCUGUUUUAAAAGAGCAUUAAUAUUGACAUAAUAAAUGUAAUAAUAAUAAAUAUAAUAAAAUAGGAUGAGAAAUAUUACAUUAAGAGGAAAAAGAAAAGAAGGAAAUAGAAAUAUUUGUAUUAAAAAAAAAAGGUUAAAACGGCAAAAAUCUGGUGGAAGAAAAUGAGCAGUAAUUGCAUGAAAAAAAUGUUAGAAUAAAGUCAGGAUUAUGGGGAAAAUAGUAUAAAGUUUAAAUACUAAAAAAAUAUCUAUUUUUAAAGUGAUAUUACAAAUAACAAAACAAAGAAUAAAGCUGCAAUAUUACAAAAGGUUAUAAUUUUACUUUAAUAAAGUCUAAAUAUGAGAAUAAAGGCAAUUUGAAGAGAAAAAAUGUACUAGAAUGUUUCAAUAUUUGUCAAAAAUGACAAAAACAAGCAGUCAUUUUACAAGAAUAAAUCCUAAAAUGUACUAAUAUGUGAAACAAACCAAAAGAAUACAGUUGCAGGUUUUAUGAAAUUUAGGGUUGGUAAAAGUUAUAUAAUGAUAAAGUUAAAAUAUUAUGAGAAUAAAGACAUCAAGAAAAAGUUUAAAUAUUUGCUAAAUAAAACUGGCAAAAAUAGAAAAAAAACAGGAACGCUCCAGGAAAUCAAAAAUGUUUCUCUCACCACUUUGCCAUUUGAAUUUGUAAUGUAACCUAUGAGUACUCCAAAAUGUAUGCACACGGUAUGUAUUUCUGGCCUAAAUUAAGCAUUAAAAAUGGCAAAAUGAUGUCAUAUUCCACAAUGGUCACUCAGUGUCAGUAAUGUCAUAUUGAUGUGAGAACAGCCACCGCAGGGACUACUCGCUGAAAAUGUGGCUCCCGAUGCUAAUGUGUGAGUCUAUAUUAUAUCUUACAUGACUCAUUUUCUUAGUGUAUCUACUUUAUUGGGUAAUAGAACUGUAAAGGUGACUAUAGGGGUGUUAUUUCAUGUCUUGAAGGCUCUAAUAAUAUGAAAAAAAAUAUUCCGAAGCAGGCUUUGUGUGAAAAUAUUUGAUUUAUAAAUAAACGAGGGAUGAGGGGUUGUUUUUCUUCGUGGCCAAUUAUGCAAAUUGUCCCCCACCCCUACCCCGACACUGCCACAAAUAGACUGCAGUCCCAUGGGAAACACUGUCAUGAUUAUUUUGUUGUGCCACUUUUUCUUUUUUUCCAACUGUUGGAAAAACUGACCAUAUGACGCUGACGUUUUCCUUCAAGGUUUUCAAGCGAACAUUGAACAAAGUUUCCCAAAUCACGGGUGGGGCCUCUGAAUGGGUUGCUGAUUGUAAAAGAAAUACUACUAAUAAUAACAACGUGUAUUUGCAUAGGUUUGGGGCCCCCUUGGGGUUGGUUCUGUCAGUCCUAAACCGAUUAUACAAUGAAGCUUGCCAAAUCAUUUUCCUCCUCCUCAUUUAAAAUGACACUACAGUGCGACCUCGGCGUCCUGACGUGUGCCAGGGGUUAUACGAUACAGUACUUCUUGUUUUGCUUGUGAGCAGUGUUGCACAGUGGUGUACUAUUGUUAUUUGUUUAGUUUUUGGCACAAUUCUUUAUUUAUAUAGUACUAUAUUUCAACAUGUGAUGAGCUGGAAAGAGGGAAGGUGUUUGCAUGACACUUCAAAUCUUUUCAGAAAGGUUAUUGUGUGUUUAUUUUCCUCCUCACUGUAACACUAUAUUUGUUGCCUUUUAAUAAUCAUGCUGAUUUUUUUGGGGGGGGGGGUGGAACUCACAAAAAAUGUGCAUGUUUUUUUUAUUUUUAUUCCUGCUUUAUAUUCUUGUAGAAAAAUACCCACACACGCACACAACCAGACUUGGUGUUUCCCAUAUACUCAUUCAUCUGUGGCGGCACACCGCAAAUACAUUGGGACCGCCACAGAUACUUUUCAAAAUGAUCUACUCAUAACAUAAACAUCAAAAUCAAACCAACCCCGCACCACAGAUCGAUUGUAGUCCUGUGGGAAACACUGAGACUUGGCCAUACAGUAUGUUCUUCUUACGGAUCACUUGCAUUUUUCCCACACGCUUAAGGAAUUGUGAAGUGGUGUACAACAAUGUUUUUGUUUGCUAUGUAAAACGAUGUAAAUGAUGUAUUAUACUGAGUGUGCCAACCCCCCCACUCUUUCUAGAGCCAGGCUCUCUCGCUUUAAGUGCCAACACCGGUCGGAACCACACGGCCACACACCCUUCUUCCUCCCCCUUUUUAAAUAAUAUUCAUAAGAAAACAUCAGAGUCUAAAAAAAUAGAUUAAGUUCAUAAAGAUUAUAUUCUAUAUUUAAGAUUGAAAAACUUAAAAGGCUAAUCUGCUAUUUUUUUUGUUUUUUUUUUGUUUUUUUAUUAUAAUUGCAUGUGCUCUUUCUUAUUUUGUGUUGCAAAGUGAGGGCUUGGAUGUAUUCGUUAUUGAUUUUACAUGACUCUUCUUGCCAUAUUUUGUUGUUUUGUUUUGUUGUUAAAGAAAUGUUUUCAUAUAUUUGUUUUUUUCAACCACUGUUGCCUGAUCCUCAUUCAAAAACAUGACAUAUGAUCAUUGCCGCCUUCUAAGAGAGAAACAUAUUGACAAGGUUAUCUGUUUUAAAAUUGAAAUAAAUUUUGUUCCUAUACUUGCUGA